ACUUGGUGCCCACAGAAAGCCCCACAUUAACAGCUGAGAGUGCCCGAAACUGGCAGUCAUGAAGGAACUGAAGAGCAAGGCAUUUUGGAGGGCAGUUUUGGCCGAGCUGGUGGGCAUGACCCUCUUCAUUUUCCUGAGCAUUACAGCUGCUGUUGGAAACUCCAACAAUGACAAACCAGAUCAGGAGGUCAAGGUGGCACUGGCGUUCGGGCUGGCCAUCGCCACUCUUGCCCAGAGUCUCGGGCACAUCAGCGGAGCCCAUCUGAACCCGGCCGUAACGCUGGGCAUGCUAGCCAGCUGCCAGAUCAGCUUUCUGAAGGCUGUGAUGUACAUUGUGGCCCAGAUGUUGGGCGCAGCGGUGGCCAGCGGCAUCGUUUAUGGCGUCACGAAAGGGGAGGCUCUGGGGCUUAAUACUAUCAACAAAGAUAUUUCUGCAGGUCAAGGUGUUGGCAUUGAACUCUUCGCUACAUUCCAGCUGGUUCUGUGUGUCAUAGCAGUCACAGAUAAAAGAAGGCGUGAUGUGACAGGCUCCGCCCCCUUGGCCAUUGGGCUCAGUGUUUGUCUGGGCCAUUUGACAGCCAUUAGUUUCACUGGAUGUGGCAUCAAUCCUGCUCGCUCCUUCGGCCCGGCAGUGAUUAUGAGAGACUUCACCAAUCACUGGGUGUACUGGGUAGGCCCAAUGUGUGGAGGUGUGGCAGCCGCCUUGGUCUAUGACUUCCUGCUCUACCCGAAAAUGGAUGACUUUCCUGACCGCAUGAGAGUGCUGGUCUCUGGUCCUGCUGUUGAUUAUGAUGUCAACGGAACUGAUGAUCCCCCUGCUGUAGAGAUGUCAUCAAAGUGACACAAUAAUUGACAUAUCUAAUGUAUCAUACUCUUCAAAACUUCAAAACAUCUGUAAAUAUAUAUUUUUUCCCCACGGGGGAAUAGCAUUGUUUUUAAAUGUACUAUAUGACAGUGUUAAUUUUGCAAAUGUAAAGCCUAUUUAGCUGGCAUUUUGUCUUAAUUCAUCUGAGCUUUUUAUUGUUGUUUUGUCUCUCAUUUAGUGAAUCAGUAUUUACCUCAGGAAAUUAUCCAACGUUUUCAAAAAUUUCACAUAUCAGUAUUCAAAAUAUAGAUUCACUUGUUUUUUUUGUCACUUUAUAUUGUAUUAAGUGUACCCUAUGAUGUCGUUUUCUUAACUUUUGUAAGUAAACUUCAAGAUGUUAAAUCUUAAA